AUGUGCCCAAAACAGACUCGCACGCUCACAGCUCAGAGGCUGAUUCCAGCUAGCGGCUGGGCUUGGACCAGAGCCACAGGGUCUCCGCCGUUAGAUUCUGGCGUGCUGGCAAAGUCACCAACCCCAGACAGAGGCGUCGGAAACUUGCCGUCUGCCACAAGACAAGCACUCAGCAUGCCACUGGGUCUGGAGCACCCGUCGACGCCAUGCGCCACAACGUCGAUCCGCGUACUUUGUCUCUGCUGCGUCAGCGCCGCCAUUCAGCUACACGACCCCGAUAGCCAGCUAGAAGGGUGCCACAGCCGGCUGUCGUUGAGACACCUCUGGCAAGGCCUCGACUCUGGCGACUCCGAGGAAUUUCAUUGCGACGCCUGCUGCAGGCUACGGUCGGCAUCUCUCCGAGACCAGCCAUCCAAGCCAUUGACCGCCAAAAAUACAACAUCGACAAUCUACUCCGUACCAGGCAAUGGGUCAGCCCUACAACUGCCCUCGAAGACGAACUUCCGAGACAACAUGUACUUGGACUUGUGCGCUCCAGCGCUCAAGCUCAAGAACGCUGGCUAG